AUGACUGCUCCAACCUUUUUUGUUUUUUGCCCGUCUGGCGCGCGGGUUCCUGGAGGGCAGCAGAGUUUGCAGCAGAGGCGCCCGCGGGUGAGCGAGGCCGACGGUCAAGGCGAGGGGGGAGGUGGAAAUAACAAAAGUAUAUACUUGGCACGAGACGGGCCGGACAGCCAACCAUGCGGCGUAGGGCAGGAAUGGCAGCGGCGGUAUGUAUGGAUAUGGGUUUGGUAUGAGGCACACGCACGCUCGACGGAGCUUUGUGGUAGCACAUAUGGCGCAGAGUGGACGGGCGUAGCGGUCGAGGGCGUGGAGCUCAUAAAUGAAACACGGCGAGACCCAUUGGGCGCCUUCUUGUUUGGUGCUGGGCUCUUUGGGCUGGCUCAGGGCAGGCGGCACCGAUCUGAUGACGACGCAGCCGGGCCUGGUGAUUUGCAGGCGGGCAGGCGGGCAGGCAGGGCGUUGGCCGGUGGCGGCGGCGGCGGGCAAGCAGGAGGACAGCAGCAGCAGGCCGAGUAUGUAGCAGCCCAGCAAGGCCCCUCAGCCAACAGCCAACAGCCAACAGCCCGCAGCCAACACGCCCAAGUGCCAAUGCCGUCCCAUGCAUGCCUCUACACACUACUUACAUACACACACGUCUUUGCGGGCGUUGGCCGCGGCUAUGCGGUAUUGUCGCGCGUUUGA